UCUAUCUCAUCAUCGUUAGUCUGUCUUCCAUUCUAUUAUGUCCUAAUCAUCAUCCCAUCAAAAGAAAGCAAUAAUCAUGGUCUCCAAUUGUUUCACCUUAAAUCUCAAUCCUCCAGCUCCUAAUUACCUCCACCAUCUUCAUUAUCUUUCUUCUUCUUCAAUAAGAGUCUCACAUAAGAAUAAUCCCACUGUUCUUAGAAAAUUAUUAACAUAUUCCCACUCUCCCGACAGAAAACGAUGCUACCGGUCUUCUCUCCCUAUGCCCAUGGCUUUCUCAAAACCCAAUUUCCAGCCGGAUCCAAGUCUAUGCAACGAAGAUCUCCUUCCGACCACUCCAGCACAAAGAACCUUUUCAGGUUGGGAGAUGGCCAGCUUGUGGAUUGGCCUUGUAGUGGGAGUCCCUUCCUACUACUUAGCUGGCAGCCUAGUUGACCUUGGCAUGGCUUGGUGGCAAGGGAUUGGAACGGUCGUCGCUGCCAAUUUGAUCCUUCUAGGACCUUUGAUCCUAACCGGCCAUCCAGGUGUCAAGUAUGGUAUAUCCUUCCCUGUUCUCGCCAGGUCUUCGUUCGGUAUCCGUGGCGCCCAUGUUCCCACUCUUCUCAGGGCUCUUGUUGGUUGUGGGUGGUAUGGAAUUGAGUCAUGGAUCGGAGGUGAGGCAAUCUUUCUACUCUUGCCAAAAUUCAUCAAGGAAUCUUCAAUUUCGAAGUCAUUAGAUUGGCUCGGCACUUCUCCACUUGAAUUCACAUGUUUUAUGGUGUUUUGGGUAGCACAAUUAACAUUAGUUUGGAAAGGAAUUGAUGGUAUACGAGAGCUUGAGAAAUACUCUGCCCCAAUUCUCAUACUUCUUACUUCUUGCCUUCUCAUUUGGGCUUAUGUCAACGCUGGAGGUUUCAGCCAUAUGAUUUCACAAUCAUCAACCCUUUCUAGUUCCCAGUUUUGGUCAUUGUUUUUUCCUUCAUUAACCGCCAACAUCAGUUUUUGGGCUACAUUGGCACUCAACAUACCGGAUUUCACCCGCUAUGCUAGAAGCCAGUCGGAUCAGAUUAUUGGUCAAGCCGGACUUCCCCUUUUCAUGGGUGCGUUCACAUUUGUGGGUCUGGCCGUGACCUCGUCCACAACUGUUAUAUUCGGUCGAGUCAUCUCUAAUCCGAUCCAGCUUCUUGGACAAAUUGGAGGAAUUGGAACUAAGAUUAUUGCUAUUUUUGGAAUUAGCUUAUCCAUAGUCACGACCAACAUUGCAGCCAAUGUGGUGGCUCCUGCCAAUGCAUUGGUGAACCUUAGUCCUUCGAUUUUCAAUUUUAGGAAGGGUGCGAUUUUAACUGCACUGCUUGGGGUUGCUUUCCAACCUUGGAGACUGCUAAAGUCUAGUGAAAGCUUUGUCUACACGUGGCUUGUUGGUUACUCAGCUCUUUUGGGCCCUAUUGCAGGGAUUAUUCUUGCAGAUUAUUAUUUGAUCAAACGGAUGAAAUUGCAUGUUGAUGAUCUUUAUACUCUGAGAACAAAUGGUCGAUACUAUUACACCAGUGGAUAUAAUUUGUCGGCCAUGACUGCUCUUUUAGUUGGGAUUUUACCUGUUGUCCCUGGAUUGUUGCAGAAAACUGGGAUCCUGAAAUCGGUGCCCGGUUUGUUUGUGGUUAUUUACAACAAUGCUUGGUUCAUUAGCUUCCUCUUGGCUGGUGUUUUUUAUUGGUUUCUUUCAUGUCUAAGUAAAAGAUAUAAGGAUGGUGAAGAUGAUGAUGAAGUUGUUGAUCCUCUUUUGCCAUCAUCAACAAUUUAAAAUUUGGUGUAUAUAUCUACGAAAUUUGAAUUGUAUCUUCA